AGAGAUGAACCAUCAAGGAAAUCAAUGAAUGAUGAGACUGCUGUAGCUGUAACUGCACCUCCUGAAGCACCUCCACCACUUCCUGAAUCCCCAUGUCCUCCACUUUCACCGCGAAGAGCUCCAUUAUCUACACUUUUUUUCCAGCCUUUUUCGGUAGAUACGUCAAAUGCGCAUACGUUGCGCAAAGGAUGGCUGAUGCUAAGAGGCAAAAAUGCGUCAGAUUGGACAAAACAUUGGGUUGUAUUAGCUGGACUUUCUCUUAAACUUUACAAAGAUGUCUGGGCAGAAGAUUCUACAGAACCAUUGCUUUCCGUCGAUCUCAACGAAUGUGAAAAUGUCUAUCCAUCAGCUUCAGCUAAAAAUUAUGGCAUUGAAAUAAAAUGUCGACGAACUCGCUAUGUUCUUUCGGCGAUGACACCCGGUAUUCGUGAUAGUUGGAUUACUGCCUUACAGCAAAAUUUGCAUAAUCCUUCUCCUACUUACAUUGAAACUUGUCUUAGUGAUGCUGCGAGUCUACCAGAAACUGACUUGAUUUCAUUACCUCCUGUAAGUAUUGUAUAA